AAGCCUCUCUACGCUACGUGUUUAACCCAUCUACGUCGUUUCUUUUGUAUACCGCCUUCCUGUGUUGGUCUACGCGAGGCGGUUUACAAGGAAGCGAACCAACAUGCGCCACGAAGAUCGCAGUUCUUAUAACGGACCCGCGUCCAAUACAAAUAAGUCCCAACAAAAACAAGCCCCUGUCAGCACCUCUUCCAUCAUCUGAGAUGAUGGACUCCUGUCUCUGCCGCCGCCGCCUUCUCUCUGGGAGAGGGCGCCAGUCUCAGCUCAACUAAAGCCCUGGUUUUCUCCAUGUUCUCUGCGGGCAGCUCCCCCUCCCACCUCCAGGGCUUUGCGAGCCUGAAAGCUUUUGUUGUGCCCCUCUGCAGUUUUCCUAUCUCUAUGCGCCAACCAGCCUAGGCGGGGCGGGGGAGGGAAAUCCUGAAUUCGGAAGCGGAGGCUGCCCUUUCCCCCCUGCGGCCUCGCUUCGAAGAGCAGCCAGGUGGCGGAGGCUCUUCUGAACUCGACGAAAUCCAGUAUAGGCCUUAUUACAGUGGAGCCUCGACUUACAUAAGCCUCUUCUUGCAGACAUUCCAAGUUGCAUCCGCAGCAAACCCGGAAGUAAACACCAGGUUUGUUGUGAUUCGCGCAUGUGCGGAAGUGGCUGCCUCUGAAUGCAUACAUGCACAAGAUGCCUCUUCUAGCGACCCGUUUCGACCAGCGAAAGGAACUCCGGAAUGAAUUGUGUCCGUAUUUUUGGUAUGCCGGAAAAACUUUCUGGAGGCAACACAGCACAAGACAUGAUGCCGUUGAUGACCCCUGAUGAGGGCCCUAAACAAAGGAACUGGGGCUUACUGGUCACCGGCGUUAUUGGUGGGACAUUAGUGGCCCUGUACUCUGUUGCCACGCCAUUUAUUGCCCCUGCGCUGAGGAGGCAUUGCCUGCCAUAUGUCCCUGCAACUUCAAAGCAGGUUGAAAAUGUCCUGAGGAUGCUAAAGGGCAGAAAUGGACCCCUGGUUGAUAUCGGUAGUGGUGAUGGGCGCAUUGUAAUAGCAGCUGCAAAAGUUGGAUUCAAAGCUGUUGGUUAUGAAUUAAAUCCUUGGCUCGUGUGGUAUUCCAGGUACUGUGCCUGGAGAGAAGGAGUUCAUCAGGAUACCAAAUUUUACAUUUCAGACUUAUGGAAGGUCAGUUUUUCCCAGUACACAAAUGUUGUUAUAUUUGGAGUACCUCAAAUGAUGCUGCAACUAGAGAAGAAGCUUGGAGAAGAGCUGGCGUCAGAUGCCAGGGUCAUUGCCUGCCGCUUUCCUUUCCCCCACUGGAGACCAAAGCACAGCUUUGGAGAGGGCAUUGAUGCUGUGUGGGCAUAUGAUUCAGAAUCCUUUGGAAUGAAAGAAGAAAAUGAUUUGAUUAAGACUAAGUGCAUUCUUUCUAAUUAGUUUAAAUUCCAGAAGUAUUGCACUGGUGCCUUUAAACGGUGAAUGUGGGCAUCUUAUAGAUAGUAUUGUGUCUCUUAGGCAGG